UGUUAUGUUUAAUUUUGUUUCGAUUUCUUUUUAAGCCUCCGACAGCUUGAGCUCCAAAAUAAAACUCAAGGCUCAAAACUGCGAAAUUUGUCUUUUCCAUCCUUAAACCCCCCAUACAAAAACCCGAGCAUAGCACAUCCAUCUCAAUGGCAAGCCUAGAGAGACUAUUCCGCCAAGCAGGCAGGGCCUGCACAAAACUGCAUUUGGGGACUCGAACACCGUACCUCUUUCAACACUUUCCAUAUUGUUCCUCAUCAUCUUCGUCUUUCCCCGAAGAAGAUGCAUCACCAUCCAGUGAUCCUUCAUCCAUUAGAGUGGUAUCAUACGCUCCAAAACCGAAGAAUCCAAAUGCAGAAAAUACAAAUGCAGAGGACCCAAAUACCAAUCAGUCCAGAACAACAGCAGCAGCAAACAUAGAUUUCACACCUCCCGGGCAGAGAGGAGAUUCGAUUUCCCGACCUUGGAGUCGUGAAGAUAGCAGGUACUUGAAGGAUUCCCCUUCUAUUCCUAUCGUUUCUUAUGGGCUUAAAGUGGCUCCAUUGCCCGAAGAUAAGGGUGCCGUGCGGGAACAAGAAAAUGUUGAAGGGGUAAAGGAGAUGGGAGAAGUGAUAGAGGGUACUGUGCAGGAGGAGGAAAGCAAUAUUGAAGAGGUAAAGGAGAAGGGAGAAGUGAUAAAGGAAGCGGUUCGGGAUUUGGGAGGAGGGCAAAAGGGGCAAUUGGAAAGGGAGGGGAGCAGAUUGCGGCAACACAUGUUUGCCAUGAGGCAGGAGGUUAAUAUUCCUUAUCCUAAGCUUUUGCCUCCGGAGAAGAAGAAGCCUAAAGUUCUGUAUGAUUUGAAUGAAGCCAUAAAACAGGUCAAGGCUAAUGUCAAAUGUAAGUUUGAUGAGACUGUUGAAGCGCAUGUUCUUUUGUCUGUAAAUGCAAAAAGAAGUGAUCAGAUGGUUCGGGGUGGAAUUGCUCUUCCACAUGGCAUUGGCAAGACUGUUAGAGUGGCAGUAUUUGCAGAUGGUGCAGCUGCAAACGAAGCAAGAGCUGCUGGAGCUGAUGUUGUUGGAGGUGAUGAACUCAUCAAUGAGAUUAAGGAAGUUGGCCUCAAGGGAAAUUUUGAUAAGUGCAUUGCAACUCCAGCAUUUAUGCCACGAUUAGGAAAGAUAGGAAAGGUUCUAGGCCCUCGAGGGUUGAUGCCGAAUCCCAAAGCUGGCACUGUGACAAAUGAUGUUGCAGAGGCAAUAAGGGAAGCAAAGAAAGGUCGAGUUGACUUCAAGAUGGACAAGACUGCUAUUGUGCAUGUUGGACUUGGGAAGGCUAGCUUUAAAGAGGAAGCAUUGCGUGAAAAUAUAGUGGCAUUUUUGAAUGCUCUUCUUGCUGCAAAGCCAGUAGGCCUGAAAAAAACCUCCAGAUAUGCAGGUUAUCUCAAGACUUUUACAUUAACCAGCACUAGAAUUCUGGUGGAAGGAUGGAGUUUGAUAUUGGGCUUGGCGUUGGGUGCAGAUGGGGCCAGGUUUUCGUGUUUCAGUUCAAUCCUUAUCAAAUGUUACCGAUCAAUAUAUGAAGUUGAGAGUGUAGAUAGGACAAUUUUUGAUGGAAGGUUUUUAAUAUUUAAUCGCAUUAAUUUCUCUUUGGUAUAUUGAUAUUCUUUUAUUUAUCAAGGAUUCUGCUAUUACAAUUUGGGAAGUGAGUUUUGUAAGGUACCACAUAGUAGAGUUGUGUUGCAAGUUUGAUUUUUAAGUGCUAGUGGAUAAAUUUGUGGAGUGCUAUGUUCUUGGUUUGAACCCGAUUUACUUUUUUAUUAGUACUGUUUGGCAUUCCACCUAACCAAACAGAUUUGUGCUCUCCCAUUAGAAUCUAUAUUCUACUGAUUUCAUUCCAUCAUGAAUCAGGACUCCUGAAUUGUGGUCAUAUUGUGUCUUGGUGAUCAACAAUAAACAUAAUACGCAUACACUUGUGACAUCAAUAGUUGUGUGAUAAUUUCAGUUGCUAAGAUGCAUAUGAUCUCCUGUAUUAAGGAUUCAAUUACUUAUUGCAGAGUCACAGGUGUUUCUGCUAGAUACUGACUAACAAAGAUGUGGCAUCAGAAGUGAGGGCACUCUGUCUUAGUUAUUUUUAGACCAUUUCAGUUCCAUA